GUCAAUGUCACUUAUUUGUGUGUUGUUUUUUCAAUUUCUCCAAGUUUCGUGUCGAUUUUUAAAGCAGAUUUCAAAACUAAUUUUGAAUUAAUAAGUCUAAAACCACAAUAACAAUGUCCACAGCUACUACGGACAACGAGGACGUGAUGAUUGUGGACAAUAAUGAUACGGCUUUACUUACAAGUUUAGGCGAUUUAGCUGAAAAACCUCUCAUAAUGCUGUUUCUACGUCUAAUAGGAAACGAUACGAAGCAAAAUACUGUUUUAACUAACGCCCAAAUAAUAGACAUACUACAAAAAGAGUUUGAAAUGGACAUCGUGUACACACAUGAAUUGGAAGUAGAGAUCUACCUGAACCUACUCAAGCGUUUCUUAAAAGAUUGGCCUCAAUGGGACGAGUUUGACUUCGACAUAAACAUAUUGAAAGACCAAAAAAAUAUCGCCAAAAUGAAAGAUAUGCUGCAAAGUAAUUACGGAAGCCUCAAAAAGUACCUGCAGUCCAUGUUAACGGCAGUCGAUCCGAUGCUCAAGAAAGUUAUAAAAGAAGUAAAUGAAAGCACUGUCAGAGAACCGACGACGACGUCAAACGACGAGGUGGCAAUCGAAGUUAAAUGCACAAGGCAACAGCUGAAUGAAUUGUUUUUCAGGCGGCCGCAUCCGGAACAAAAUAACACCAUUUUCAACAUUGAGCUUCCUUCGGAGAAAAUCAGGUUGCAGCCUGUCGCUGUCCAAUCUAUUUUGAAUUGGCCUGGGAUACGAAUAAGCAUUUCGAUUCCUGGAUUAAUGUACAAGCGAGAAAUCAAGAUGCCGUUAAAGCAUUUAUUGAUCAAUAAAAAACUAAACUACCCUCCUCCACCACUACAGGAGGCGAAGACAAAUUACCAAGUCCGGACAGCCCGAAUGACCAAUCAUGGUCAUGUAGACGUAAAAACGUUCUACGAUAUAAUUCACAGGAUUGGCAACGGGAAAUACCGCAACCAAGACCUUAUGGAUAAAAUUUGGAUGCUGAGUGCAUUGAUCAAAUCUGACCUAGAAGAAGCGCCGAAAUAUAUUUACAGUCCGUCUAGCUACCGUCAGAAUUUGAGCAAGUAUCCGUAUAAGAGAUUGUUGUGUGCCGAAGUGAACUCAGAUUCAUUUUCUUCUAAUAAUUACGAUUUGGUGCUUGAAGAGUCGGGAAUACCUCAGCUUCAAUACCAUUUCAUAAGGUUCAGCGACCCUGAGCUUGAAAUAACUCAAGAUGCGUCCUUUUUAAAACUUGAGUGUACGUUAUGCGAGUGCAUUUUCGCUGGGGCUUAUAUGUUUUCUAUGAUCCAGGCGCACUUUGAGUUCCAUCGGGGUGAGAAAGAUUACCAGUGUUCAGGUUGUCACGUUGUGUUUUCUAUGGAGCAGUUGACGGCGUCAAAAUGGCGGCAUGUGUGUGAUCAUGAACCUUCAAAGUGAAU